AUGGAGCCCGAAAUAGUUUGCAGCGGUCCCACCUUCUCAGCUACUCUCAACACACCUACCGCCAACAAGAGUGGUGGUUUUGCGAAAUCGAUUCGUCGUUCGCUGUCUAAUAAAACCAUCGAAAAGUUAUCGCCGGUCUCCAAAUCAACACAUUCCGCAUCUAAACAAAAGACCGAAACUCUUUCUUCCUCAAAAGCAAAAACCUCACAAAGACCAAAAUCUGCGCUACCACCCUAUAGAGCGCCCUCACUUUUGCCGCAAACACCGUUAACGUCUAGCACAGCCGGUGACCUAAUAAAUCCGACGACACAAAAAUCAGAUUCCGAAUGUGAUAAUAAAGAUUCAUCCUCACAUGACACUCCAUCGAUUAAAAUAACAACCGAAGCCUUGUUCGAGACACCGUCGUCUCAUGCUUCCCCCUCGAAAUUGAGUCCAUCUUCUGAUGUCCCCUCACCAUCAGCACCGAUAUCGUCGAAUGAAACCACCGCUGAGGAUGACAGUUCCUUGGACAUCAUAGCUUUUCUGGCUGCUCCACGAUUGACCCAACGUGUGAGGCUGAAAACUGGAAGGGUAGUUAGCUUUUCGGAAGUUGGCGAUAGAAAUGGUUUCCCCGUGUUCGUAUUUUUGGGAAUGGGUUGCGUGAGGUAUUUCAUCGCUUUCUUUGAUGACUUGGCUUCCAGCUAUGGCCUGAGACUGAUCUGUCCUGAUCGGCCGGGUGUCGGGUUAUCGGACGACGUCAAGGUUGAAGAUCAGCAAGUGCUAAAGUGGCCAGAGGUCAUUGAAGAACUUUGUGAAAUUCUCGGCAUAGGGAAAUUUUUUAUUAUGGCGCACAGCGCUGGGGCUCCUUAUGCUUUAUCUUGUGCCCUAAAAAUACCGGAAAGGUUGCAGGGGACAAUAUACCUCGUUUGUCCUUGGGUCAGCACCACGAUAGCAAAUAAUUUCAAGUGGUUGCGAUUUGUUCCAACACCCAUUAUGAAAUUCACCAACAGCGCGGGCAUUUCGCUUCAACAGAUGCUUCACGGUCGACAACCAUAUUCCACCAAACCAAGCAAGAAUUCGAGUGCAUCAUCCCAAAUGACAAGUCUCGAGAAAAAACAGCGAUUGGGCCUUGCCAUCCUUAAAGCCUCCUUUUCCGAAAAUCUAUCCGGGGCAAACAAUGACUUGCUCAUGUGCUUUGAACGACGGCAUUCAUUCGGUUUUUCAUAUACCGACAUUAAUCAUCCGGUACAUGUUUUCCAUGGCACGAAGGACGAACGAAUCCCUGUGGAGGCUGUGAAGUGGAUGGAAAAAAGCAUGCCCAAUUGCGGGUUGACCCUGAUAGAAGGGGGAAAACAUUCGUUACUCUUGCGCGCCGAGAUUGUCGAUACAAUAUUCAAGGCAAUUGCCUUACAAUUGCACGUGAAAGAUGAAUGUCGAGUAUGCAAAAUUUCAUCUAGGUGUUGGCUAGUGGAGGAAGAGGAAAUUUUCCGAAAGAAGGAGGACAUAUAA